AUGAUGGGGUGGUGUUGCUCAGGCAUAUGCAGAGCCCUGGCUCUCCUGGCACUCCUGCUUCCCUUGCGGGAGAGGGGCUGCUGGGGGCUAAAUCCCAGCUCUGGGGAUCUGGAGAAGUCCCCACACUCUGAUCCAGCCCCCUGGGAGGUCCUGCACAGGCACAAACGCAGCUGGGUAUGGAACCAGUUCUUCGUGUUAGAGGAGUACACGGGAAUUGAGCCCCUCUAUGUUGGCAAGCUACAUUCAGAUGUGGACAAAGGAGAUGGCAAGGUGAAGUAUGUAUUAUCGGGGGAAGGCGCCACCUCCAUUUUCACCAUUGAUGAGAACACGGGAGACAUCCACGCCACAAAGCGUCUCGAUCGGGAAGCACAGGCCUACUACACGCUUCAAGCUCAAGCCGUAGACCGACUCACCAAUUUACCCGUGGAGCCCAGGUCUGAGUUUGUGGUCAAGGUUCAAGACAUCAAUGAUAAUGAGCCCAAGUUUCUUGAUGGACCAUACUUGGCAGAUGUGCCAGAGAUGUCACCCUUAGGAACCAUGGUGGUGCAAGUGGCAGCCACAGAUGCAGAUGACCCAACAUAUGGGAACAGCGCCAGAGUAGUCUACAGCAUCAUCCACGGACAGCCUUACUUCUCAGUGGAGCCCAAAACUGGUGUCAUCAGGACAGCUCUACCUAACAUGGACAGGGAGACGAGGGACCAGUAUGUGCUCGUCAUCCAGGCCAAAGACAUGGUCGGCCAGAUGGGCGGUCUCUCCGGCACCACCUCCGUCACUGUCACACUCACCGAUGUCAACGACAACCCACCUCGGUUCCCUCACAAAAACUAUCAGUACACAGUCCUGGAGUCGCUGCCUGUGCAAUCAGUGGUGGCCAGAAUCAAAGCGACUGAUGUUGAUAUAGGCUCCAGCGCGGAGAUGGACUACAGGAUCAUGGAUGGCGAUGGGCCUGGCAUGUUCAACAUCACAACAGAUGAGGACACACAAGAGGGGGUCAUCAUUCUUCUGAGGCCUCUAGACUAUGAAACAAAGAGCAGCUUUUCUCUGAGAAUCGAAGCCACAAACAGGAAUAUUGACUCCAACUUCUUGAGCUUGGGCCCAUUUAGCGACACGACAUCAGUCAAGGUGACAGUGGAAGAUGUGAACGAGCCACCCGUCUUUUCCACGCCACUUAUCAAGAUGGUUGUUUCGGAGGACGCCAAAGUGGGCACCUCAAUCGGGAGAGUGUCCGCACAUGACCCAGAUAACACCAACAGCGGCAUCAGGUAUUCCAUUGACAGAAACACAGACUUGGAGCGCUUUUUUAACGUGGAUGCUCUAAGUGGGGUCAUCAGCACAGCCAAGCCUCUGGACCGGGAGGCCAACUCAGUCCAUAACCUCACCAUCUUUGGCAUCGAGAGCCAGGAUCCAGCCCAAAUUGGAAAAGGCAUCACUCUCAUCACGGUGCUGGACAUAAAUGAUAAUGCCCCAGUCUUUGCCAUAGACUAUGAGACUCUCCUCUGUGAAAAUGCCAUGCCAGGACAGGUGAUCCAGACCAUCAGCGCCGUGGACAAGGACGAACCUCUGAGCGGUCAUCGCUUCUAUUUUUCCCUGGCUGCACCUGUUGCCGGCAAUCUCAACUUCACUCUACGAGAUAACAAGGACAACACAGCGUCCAUACUGACAAAAAGGGGGGGCUUCCGGAGACGGGAACAGCCCGUGUAUCGGCUGCCUGUGUUGAUCGUGGACAGUGGAAGUCCUGCCCUUAGCAGCACAAACACACUCUCAGUGCGUGUGUGUGACUGUGACUCUGACGGUGUGGCCUUGUCGUGUGGAGCUGUGGCAUACACUUCGACUGGCCUGAGCACUGGUGCCCUCCUCGCUAUUUUAGGCUGCAUCAUCACACUUCUGGUGAUGGUACUGUUAAUUGUGACGAUGCGUCGGAGGAGGAAGGAGCCUCUGAUUCUCGAGGAGGAGAGAGACAUCAGAGAAAACAUUGUCCGUUACGACGACGAGGGCGGAGGAGAGGAAGACACGGAGGCUUUCGAUAUGGUUACCCUACGCAAUUUGAACGUCAUCAGAGAUCCCAACGUGAGGCGAGAUGUCACACCGGAUACGCCUACCUUCUUUCAUUACCCGUCAGCUACUCGCCCUUCCUAUAAAUCCCUGCCGGACAAUGUGGUGUUUCGAGAGUUUAUUUGGGAGCGACUUAAGGAUGCUGAUGUGGAUCCGUCAGCUCCACCCUAUGACUCUCUGCAGACAUAUGCUUUUGAAGGCAGUGGCUCCAUAGCAGAGUCGCUAAGCUCACUGGAAUCACUAAGUACAGACUCAGAUCAGAACUAUGACUAUCUCAGCAACUGGGGACCACGCUUCAAAAAGCUAGCUGACCUCUACGGCAACAGCGACGGCACCAGUGUCUUCUCAUAG